CUUACAAAACCUUCUUUAUUCGUCAACUCGUGUCCUUCUUUCCCUUUUCUCCAACACUUUCCUCGUUUUCUCCUUCAUUGCUGCCUGUAAAUGGCAGACGGAGGUCAUCUUCAUCAUCUCCCGCCGGAAAAUGCUUCUGAGGUGGCUACCGUCGAAAACACCAAGCUUGCGGAUGCUCCGGUUCUGUUCUUCGUUUACUUCCACAAGGCUUUCCGUGCUCAGCUGGUGGAGCUCCGUCGUUUAGCUACAGACGCCGCUGAAGCCGGUUCGUUUAGCGGCGACCUCGCCGGUGAGCUAUGCCGGAAGUUUGAGUUCUUGAAACUUGUCUACAAGUAUCACAGCGCAGCUGAAGAUGAGGUUAUUUUUUUGGCGCUUGAUUCACGUGUGAAGAACAUUGUUUCUAACUAUUCGCUAGAGCAUGAUGGCACAGAUGAUCUCUUCACCUCAAUUUUCCAUUGGCUAAAUGUUCUUGAACAUGAGUUAGGGAACAUAUCUGAUGUACUCCGUGAAGUUAUGCUAUGCAUAGGCACCAUUCAGUCAUCCGUAUGUCAGCAUAUGCUUAAAGAAGAGCGGCAGGUCUUUCCUUUGUUAAUUGAGAAGUUCACUUUCCAAGAACAAGCAUCACUUGUAUGGCAAUUCAUUUGUAGUGUUCCAGUGAUGGUGUUGGAAGACUUCUUGCCAUGGAUGAUGUCUUAUCUCUCUCACAAGGAGAGAACUGAAGUUGUGAACUGCAUGAAAGAUGUUGUCCCAACUGAAGACUCAUCACAACAGGUCAUAAGCUCUUGGCUGAUGGAUUGUGAGGCUUCUACAAAGAUCUUGAAACAAGUAGAGUAUGAAGAUGUGUCUAAAGAUACCAAGAACUUAUCUCGGAGUGGAUGUUUUCAACGGCUUUGGCAGUGGAGUAAAAAGCCAGUUUUUAUUCCAAAUGUAGGACACAGCCCUAUCCAUGGUCUUCAGAUUUUUCAAAAUGCAGUUGAAAAAGAUUUGAGAGACAUUCAAGAAGGAUUGUGCCAAGCGAGCUUCCCAAGCCUUCUUCUGGACCUUGAUGUCCUCAUGGCUCGGCUUAAUUUUCUUGCUGAUGUUCUUGUUUCUUAUAGCAAUGCAUUUAAGAAGUUCUUUCACCCGGUGUUGGAAGAAAUAGCAGAUGGAUGCUAUUCAAGUGCCAAUCAGUUCACCAUAGAUGGAUGUCUUGAGAGUUUUCAGAGACGGUUAUACUCAAGUGCUGAUCCUAAGAUGAGGACAGAAGGUUUUAUACUGAAACUUCAGGAGGAACUUGAGUCUCUUAUAGUUCAAGUAACAAGGCAAUUUUCCAUACAGAGAAGAGAGGUAUUCCCAAUCAUCAGUAAGAACUGUAACCAUGAAAUGCAGAGGCAGCUCCUGUACACAAGCAUGCAUGUCUUACCUCUUGGAUUGCUAAAGUGUGUCAUUCUCUGGUUCUCAGCUCAUCUAUCAGAAGAGGAGUCUCAGUCAAUUCUUCAGUUCUUAACAUUGGAAGAUUCUUCUCCUCAAAAAUCAUUUCCACGCCUCUUGUUGCAAUGGCUACGCUUUGGCUACUCAGGCAAAACAUCUGUUGAGAGUUUCUGGAAACAACUGUCUGUAAUGUUCAAAAUAAGAUGUUUCUGUAAAAAGGAACCCACUGAAGAAGCAUCUGGAUCCUUCUCCCAUCAAGCACAGCUCCAACUAUGCAAAGAAACUGAAGCUGAUUUGUUUAUAUGUCCUGGGAAAAGAAACAAGUCUUCAACAUGUUUCCUCUUGCCAGCUGCUGGAGACAUGUACCAGACACCUUACUCUAGUAGGAUGAAUCAGCAAAUGCUAUUCUCUGGAAAACUUAAACCUCCUCCUCCUCUCCAUCUUCCAGAGUUUUUUGGUGAGAAGAAUGUUGAUGAGCCAUUCAUGAUGGAUGUUAAACCAAUUGAUCUUCUUUUCUUCUUCCACAAGGCAAUGAAAGCAGAUUUGGACUACCUUGUUAGCGGAUCAGCUAGAUUAGCAACUGACUUUCGGUUCCUUGGGGAGUUUCAACAGAGAUUCCAUCUUAUAAAGUUUCUUUAUCAGAUCCACUCUGAUGCAGAGGAUGAGAUUGCUUUUCCAGCACUGGAGGCAAAGGGAAAGCUGCAGAAUAUUAGCCACUCAUUCAGUAUUGAUCAUGAGCUAGAGAUCAAGCACUUUGAUAAAGUAUCAUUCAUUUUGAAUGAGAUGUUAGAACUGAACAUGUUUGUCUCAAGUGCAGCCGACCACCACAGAAAGAUGAAGUAUGAGCGGUUGUGUCUGAGUCUCCAGGAGAUAUGCAAAUCCAUGCACAAGAUACUGUCAGAGCAUUUCCAACACGAAGAAACUGAGCUCUGGGGUCUGUUCAGGGACUGUUUUGCUAUUGAAGAACAGGAGAAGAUCAUAGGAUGCAUGCUUGGGAGAAUAAGUGGGGAGAUAUUGCAGGAUAUGAUUCCUUGGUUGAUGGAUUCCUUGAAAUCUGAUGAACAACAUGUUGUAAUGUCCUUGUGGCGACAAGCAACAAGGAAAACAAUGUUUGUGGAGUGGCUAACAGAAUGGUACAACGGUCAUAUUGUACAAGAGGACGCAGGAGAAGCACACAAUGAUCCAUUUGGGGAUUCAGAUCCACUGGAGACUGUUUGGAAGUAUCUAUUUGAAGGAGCUUCUGAUGGGGACAGAGAGAGCAUUGGUGGCAAACUUGUGGAGCUUUCAGAUACAGACAUGGAAGUGGAUAAGCCACUUGGAAAGACAGCUCCUAAUAACAAAGAGGACAAAGAUCAGGAACUUCCAGAUACUAAAAAGAUACGUAGAGGAGCUGACAAAAAGGAGCACAAAGAUCAAACUGACUGCAAUUGUCAUAUCACAAUGUCUCAGAAGGCUAACCAGUUUGGUCAAUCCAAUAAAUAUCAACACUUGCUAACAAUGAGUCAAGAAGAAAUGGCUGCUAUGAUUAGAAAAAUAUCAUGGGACUCUUCCCUUGAUCCUCAGAAGAAAUCAUACCUCAAGCAGAACUUGUUAAUGAGCCGUUGGAUUAUUUCACAGCGGAUAUAUAAUCAAGAACCAUCUAUUGUCUCAAGAAAUACAGAAACAAUUCAAGGUCAGCAUCCAUCUUAUCGAGAUCCUCACAGUUUGGUCUUUGGCUGCAAGCACUACAAGAGGAACUGCAAGCUUCUUGCUCCUUGCUGUGACCAGCUCUUCACUUGUAUACGUUGCCAUGAUGAAGAGGCUGAUCACUCGGUUGAUAGGAAACAAAUCAAAAAGAUGAUGUGCAUGAAAUGCCUCCUGAUUCAACCAAUUGGUGCGAAUUGUUCAAAUAUUCUGUGCAAGUCGUCAAUGGGAAAGUACUUCUGCAAGAUAUGCAAAUUAUAUGACGAUGAAAGGAAAAUUUAUCAUUGUCCCUACUGUAAUCUCUGCCGGGUAGGGAAAGGACUGGGCAUUGACUACUUCCAUUGCAUGAAAUGCAAUGCUUGUAUGGCACGUUCCUUAAAAGAGCAUGUUUGCAGAGAAAAAUGCUUAGAAGAUAAUUGUCCGAUUUGCCAUGAGUACAUCUUCACCUCCAGCUCCCCGGUGAAGGCUCUUCCAUGCGGUCACUUGAUGCACUCUAAAUGCUUUAAGGAUUACACUUGUUCACAUUACACAUGUCCUGUCUGCAGCAAGUCUCUAGGAGAUAUGCAGGUCUACUUUAGUAUGUUAGACGCAUUGCUUUCAGAAGAAAAGAUGCCUGAUGAAUACACCAACAAAACUCAGGUGAUACUGUGUAAUGACUGUGGAAGAAAAGGAGAGGUUCCUUACCAUUGGCUAUACCACAAAUGCUCAUCUUGUGGCUCCUACAAUUCAAGGCUCCUUUAGACCUUCCUCCAAUUUUUAGUUUUCUAUUCAUAUGGCCUGUGGUAAGGAAACAGUUUUGUAACAUUUGAUGUUG